AUGGAAUUGGUUUCCCGGGUUGGAAAACAUGUGUAUAGGAAAAAUGGAGUGGUGGCUGAUAUAAAGUCUUUUGGAACUGUUCAAUUGGGUUAUGGUAUCAAGAAGCUUGAUGGAAAAUAUUUUCAGGUUUUAACCCAAUUAAGAGAUUGUGCUCUAAAAUCUCUUCUGAUACUCCACCAUUCAACUGCGAGGCUAGAGUUUCAAACCAUGGGUGGUAAUCACUUAUUGUGGUGCUUUGCUAGAUUGCCAAAAAUUGGGCUCUCAAAGACCCAUCCUGUGAAGGACGAAACCUCCGCAGCAAUCGAUUCUUCGCUUCUUCCUGCUUCAGCACUACAACGUUCUUCGAAAUUGAGCCAUCUCGAAAUUUCCACUCAUCAGGAUCCCCUCCAUUGA